AUGGGGGUCUCAUGGAAUCACCAAGACAGGGUGAACAGUGUUAGCCAGGUUGAUGGAGACUCAGAUAUGGCUUCCGGCUAUUGGCUUUGUGCUGUUCGCUGCUACGAAUCUCUAAUCUUAAAAGCUGAAGGAAAAGUGGAGUCUGAUUUCUUUUGUCAAUUAGGUCACUUCAACCUCUUAUUGGAAGAUUAUCCAAAAGCAUUAUCUGCAUACCAGAGGUACUACAGUUUACAAUCUGACUACUGGAAGAAUGCUGCCUUUUUAUAUGGUCUUGGUUUGGUCUACUUCCAUUACAAUGCAUUUCAGUGGGCAAUUAAAGCAUUUCAGGAGGUGCUUUAUGUUGAUCCCAGCUUUUGUCGAGCCAAGGAAAUUCAUUUACGACUUGGGCUUAUGUUCAAAGUGAACACAGACUAUGAGUCUAGUUUAAAGCAUUUGCAGUUAGCUUUGGUUGACUGUAAUCCCUGCACUUUGUCGAAUGCUGAAAUUCAAUUUCACAUUGCCCACUUGUAUGAAACUCAGAGGAAGUAUCAUUCUGCAAAGGAAGCUUAUGAACAACUUUUGCAGACAGAAAACCUUUCUGCACAAGUAAAAGCAACUGUUUUGCAACAGUUAGGUUGGAUGCAUCACACUAUAGAUCUCCUGGGAGAUAAAGCUGCCAAGGAAAACUGUGCUAUUCAGUAUCUCCAAAAGUCCUUGGAGGCAGAUCCUAAUUCUGGCCAGUCCUGGUAUUUCCUCGGAAGGUGCUAUUCAAGUAUUGGGAAAGUUCAGGAUGCCUUUAUAUCUUACAGGCAGUCUAUUGAUAAAUCAGAAGCAAGUGCAGAUACAUGGUGUUCAAUAGGUGUGCUAUAUCAGCAACAAAAUCAGCCUAUGGAUGCUUUACAGGCCUAUAUUUGUGCUGUACAAUUGGACCAUGGCCAUGCUGCAGCCUGGAUGGACCUAGGCACACUCUAUGAAUCCUGCAACCAGCCUCAGGAUGCCAUUAAAUGCUACUUAAAUGCAACCAGAAGCAAAAGUUGUAGUAAUACCUCUGCACUUGCAGCACGAAUUAAGUAUUUACAGGCUCAGUUGUGUAACCUUCCACAAGGUAGUCUACAGAAUAAAACUAAAUUACUUCCUAGUAUUGAGGAGGCGUGGAGCCUACCAAUCCCCGCAGAGCUUACCUCCAGGCAGGGUGCCAUGAACACAGCACAGCAGGCUUCUAAAACUCAUCAUCCAAAAACUGAACCUGUAUUAGGCCUCAGUCAAACACCAAUUUUACAGCAACCCUUGCCAGUACAAAUGAUUCCUUCUAGCCAAGUUGAUGGCCUGUCCAGUCCUGUCAAGAAGAAAAGAACAUCUAGUCCAGUAAAGUCCUUGGAACAACUACAUGCAAAUAAAGAUAAUUUAAAUCCAGCACAGAAGCUGAUUCUGGAACAGUUGGAAAAUCAUUUUGUUUCAAUGCAACAAGGGCUUCACAGAGAUCAGAGUUCACAUUUGUCAGGACCUACUGAUGAACAACCUUCAUUUUCCACUGGACCUGUCCAGUAUCUCCAAGCAGCUAGUGUUGGCAUUCAGAAACAGAUUGGACAUGGAACUCUCUCUAGCAACUCAGAGACACAGGGAGCUGCUCUCAAUCACCUCUCAUCUCAUAUUGCUACCUCAGGUGGACAGCAAGGCACUACCUUUACCAAAGAGAGCCAACCUUCAGGAUAUAGGUCUUUGGUGCCUGAAACAAGCAGGCAUACUGGAGACAUAUCUAAUGGCUGUGCUGUUGUCCAGGGACUUCCUAAUCAUGUUCAGCAGCUGACGGUAGAAUCUGUUUGUGAUCCUAACCAUGGAAAUUGUACAUCACCAAAUUUACUAUCAAACAGUCCUCAUAUCUCUCCUUCAUUGAUUGGAAAAGCCAGUGACAGUGUAGAUACUGGUGCCUAUGACAAAGCCAGUAGUAUUUACCCAGCUAUUCAUACGAAGACUAAUAAUUCUAUUACCUCUUCACCCUCUUCAGUCGUUUUCACCACAAUACCUUUUUCAAAAUCCACUGAGCAGACAACCACACACAGUGUUGGCAGCAUUAACAGUCCUCAAAAUAGAUUACACACAAUUAAUAGAGAAGGACUAGAGAACAUACAGAGCUCUGAAAAACCAGACUCACCUAUAAUUAACCUCAAAUCUGAUCCUCAGAUUAUUCCAUCAAUGUCUGUGUCUAUAUAUUCAAGUUCCACAGAAGUUCUGAAGGCAUGCAGGAAUUUAGGUAACAAUGGCUUGUCGAAUAGUCCCAUUUUUUUUGAUAAAUGUCCACCUCCAAGACCACCAAUGUCACCAUACCCUCCCUUGCCAAAGGACAAGUUGAAUCCACCUACACCUAGUAUUUAUUUGGAAAAUAAGCGUGAUGCUUUCUUUCCUCCAUUACAUCAAUUUUGUACAAAUCCCAAAAACCCUGUUACAGUUAUACGUGGCCUUGCUGGAGCUCUUAAAUUAGAUCUUGGACUUUUCUCUACCAAAACAUUGGUAGAAGCUAACAAUGAACACAUGGUAGAAGUGAGGACACAGUUUUUGCAACCAGCUGAUGAAAACUGGGAUCCCACUGGAACGAAGAAAAUCUGGCAUUGUGAAAGUAAUAGAUCUCAUACCACAAUUGCUAAGUAUGCACAGUACCAAGCCUCCUCCUUCCAAGAAUCAUUGAGAGAAGAAAAUUAG